UCACUCAUCAAUCGCUGUGGAGAAUCCCACUAUCUCCAUACCCAUGUCCGUCAUCGUCACAGAACCCAGCGACAACGGAGCCUUGCGCCACGGCUGGCCUCGCUUACCAUCGCCAUUCUGCGUGGGGUGAUCUGCUUGACUGUCAACUCAACCUAGGAUUCGAGCUUCACUCAAUCACACUCUGUCCAUACUGCGUCGCUGCCCUCACCAUGACAGAAAUAUCACAGCAACAGCUCGAUGAGAUCUAUGCCUUUGCGGUACAGCUAGGCAAAGAUGCAGGCCAGAUGCUCAUGGACGCAGCUCGGCGUCGGAUGCAAGGCAACGGCGCCACGACCAGCGUAGACUACGUCGAGAAAGAGAACUCGGUCGACCUCGUGACCAAGACAGACAACGACGUCGAGGCCUUUAUCCACAACGCCGUCUCGAAGAAAUACCCAGACCACAAGUUCAUCGGCGAGGAGACCUACUCGGCUGGUGCCUCGCGCGACUACCUCGUCGACGCGGCUCCGACAUGGAUCGUCGAUCCACUCGAUGGCACCGUCAACUUCACCCAUCUCUUCCCCAUGUUCUGCGUGUCCAUCGCCUUUGCCAUUGACGGUGUCCCCGUCAUCGGGGUGAUCAACGCACCGUUUCUGCACCAGACCUUUUCGUCCUGUCGUGGCAAGGGCGCUUGGCUCAACGAGACGCAGCGAUUACCGCUGAUCCAGAAUCCGGUCCCUGCUCUGCCGGCCAAUGCGCCCAGUGGGUGUACGUUUGCCUGCGAGUGGGGCAAGGACAGGAGAGACACGCCCGAGGGGAACAUGGUGCGCAAGAUCGACUCGUUCAUGAACAUGGCAGCGGAGAGGAAGGGCAGAGGCGGCAAGGGCGGGAUGGUGCACGGCGUACGCAGCCUUGGCAGUGCGACGAUGGAUCUGGCAUACACAGCAAUGGGGUCGAUAGACAUCUGGUGGGAAGGCGGAUGCUGGGAAUGGGAUGUUGCGGCUGGCAUUGCUAUUCUCGAGGAGGCCGGAGGCUUGAUCACAACAGCGAACCCGCCAGCCGAUUUCGAGACAGCCGACAUCCCGCCAGUCAAGCUGGGGAGCAGGCUAUAUCUAGCCAUACGGCCUGCUGGCGACACCCCGGACGAGACUGCCCGACAAUCACAGGGCAGAGUUGUGCGAGAAGUCUGGAAGCGAGUACAAGAGUUGAGCUACAGCCGACCUGGCGCAUGAGCGAUAAUGAAAUGCUGCUCCACACACACGGGUCCAUGUCUCCGACCCAGUUCAUAACUGAUCCAGCUCUUCCAUGCGAGUGAUGAACUGCUCCUGUAACCGUUGCAGGUACCCUGGCAGCACGGCCGGGUCUGCCGCCUCCUUGGCUUGCUUGAGUGCCUCAUGUAGAUUCAGGAUCAACCUGCGACGUGCCAUAAGCUUGCGUGA